AUGUCUUCAGCACCACCUCCCAACCCACCGCCAAGUGGGAACAACAAUAAUGGCAAAUCGCCCGCGCCGGCCGCAUCAUCCGACUCUGCGCCCGCACCCGAAGCCGAGAUGGACACGACGCCCGACGUACCGGAAGAAGAGACCUGGGCGGAUAUUCCCGAAGAGAUAUUGCAACUCAGCACGGACGACAUCAUCCAGCGCACGCGACUCAUCGAUAAUGACAUGAAGGUUAUCAGAAGCGAGACGACGCGGUUGCAGCACGAACAGAGCGUGAUGAAGGAGAAGAUUCGGGAGAACGGAGAGAAGGUCAAGCAGAAUAAGGUCUUGCCGUAUCUCGUUGGAAACGUCGUCGAGAUCCUGGAUGUUGCACCAGAAGGCGACGAGGACGGCGCGAACCAGGACUUGGACUCGAUGCGCCAAGGCAAGAGCGCCGUCAUCAAGACCUCAACCCGCCAAACAGUCUUUCUCCCUCUCAUCGGUCUCGUGCCCGCAGAGAAACUGCGCCCGUCCGACCUCAUCGGCGUGAACAAAGACUCUUACCUUAUCCUCGACACCUUACCCGCUGAAUACGACUCGCGAGUAAAGGCCAUGGAGGUCGACGAGCGGCCUACAGAGACGUAUACGGAUAUCGGUGGUCUGGAGAAGCAGAUCGAGGAGUUGGUCGAGGCGAUCGUGUGGCCUAUGGAGCAGGCGGACAGGUUCAAGACGCUCGGAAUUAGGCCACCAAAAGGUUGCUUGAUGUAUGGUCCUCCAGGAACCGGCAAGACCCUUCUCGCCCGUGCCUGUGCCGCCCAAACCAACGCUUGCUACCUGAAACUUGCCGGACCCUCUCUCGUCCAGAUGUUCAUCGGUGACGGCGCCAAACUCGUUCGUGAUGCCUUCGAACUCGCAAAGGAGAAGGCGCCGGCGAUCAUCUUCAUUGAUGAGUUGGAUGCCAUCGGUACCAAGCGGUUCGACUCGGAGAAGAGCGGUGAUCGUGAGGUACAGAGGACGAUGUUGGAGUUGCUGAAUCAGCUUGAUGGGUUCAGCUCGGACGAGAGGAUAAAGGUCAUCGCCGCGACGAACCGUAUCGACAUCCUCGACCCCGCCCUCCUCCGUUCCGGCCGUCUCGACCGUAAGAUCGAGUUCCCCUUACCCAACGAGACCGCCCGUGCCCGCAUCCUCGAGAUCCACUCCCGUAAGAUGACCAUCGGCCCCGAUGUCAACUACGAAGAGCUCGCGCGGAGCACGGACGAGUUCAACGGUGCGCAGCUCAAGGCUGUGUGUGUUGAGGCAGGUAUGAUUGCGCUUAGGGAGGGCGCGACGAGGUUGGGUCAUGAGCAUUUCUUGAGCGGGAUUGCGGAGGUGCAGAGUAAGAAGAAGAAUGAUUUGAUGUAUUUCGCGUAG